AUGAACCCUAGUAAAACUAAAUCAUAAAAAAGGAAAAUGAGCCUAAAGCCAUAUGUUUAUCCAAGAUGUUAUGAAAUAUCAGAAUCAUUUGAGAAAGAAAUGAUCAAUAAAAUAUAAUAUUUCAAUUCUAACUAGAGAGAAUCUAGAAGACACACAAUGGCUGAAACUUUUAGAGAAUUGGAAGAAUAAGGAUAAGACUAAAAUUAAUCUUCAAAGUAGUAUAAAAUAGAAGAUGAGAGUAAAACAAGAUUAAGUUUGUUUUCAAGAAUAAAUAGACUCAAGUCUUUUAUAAGUGAUAAAUCGAAACCUAAUUCCAUAACUGAUAAAAUUUCUGCAGAGGCUGAAUAAGUUUGUAUUUCAAAAAGUCUAAUAUGUUCUCAUAACUCUUAAAAUUCAUAUUAAAGAUUAAAAAAGCUCUAUUAAACAGAAUUGAAAUCAUGUGCUUAAUCUAUUGACAGAAGUUAAGAUUUAAAUUAGGCAAAUCUCUCUAAAUCUAGGGUUUAAGGAAAAAAAAGAGCAUCCCUUUAACUAAUGGAUGCUACAAAUUUUCAUAACUGUUCAAUUUAUGAAAAUUAACCUUAAGAAAUUACAGGUGCAGAUGAAUUUUAUGAAUAAAAUAAAUCAUCAAGAGCAAAUAGUUUUCAAAGAGCGAAUUCAACAAGAAAAAAAUAAACUAGCUUAACUUUUAGAAAUUAAACUAAUAAAUUAAAUUUUAGUCUUUUUACAAAACUUUAGUAACUAAAAUAAAAAAAAAAAGAUUAAAGACUAUCAUUUAUGGUUUUUGCCGACUAUCAAUAUUUUUGA